CCCCCGCGCCCGCCCGGGCCGCCGGCGAUGGUGACACAUGCGGCGGCGGCGCGGCGGCGGCAGGACCAUGGUUGAGCGCGCCAGCAAGUUCGUGCUGGUGGUGGCGGGGUCGGCGUGCUUCAUGCUCAUCCUUUACCAGUACGCGGGCCCGGGGCUGAGCCUGGGCGCCCCCGGCGGCCGCGCGCCGCCCGACGACCUGGACCUCUUCCCCACGCCCGACCCGCACUACGAGAAGAAGUACUACUUCCCGGUGCGCGAGCUGGAGCGCUCGCUGCGCUUCGACAUGAAGGGCGACGACGUGAUCGUCUUCCUGCACAUCCAGAAGACCGGCGGCACCACCUUCGGCCGCCACCUGGUGCAGAACGUGCGCCUCGAGGUGCCCUGCGACUGCCGGCCGGGCCAGAAGAAGUGCACCUGCUACCGGCCCAACCGCCGCGAGACCUGGCUCUUCUCCCGCUUCUCCACGGGCUGGAGCUGCGGGCUGCACGCCGACUGGACCGAGCUCACCAGCUGCGUGCCCGGCGUGCUGGACCGCCGCGACCCCGCCGCGCUGCGCACGCCCAGGAAGUUCUACUACAUCACCCUGCUUCGAGACCCUGUGUCCCGCUACCUGAGCGAGUGGCGGCAUGUGCAGCGGGGUGCCACGUGGAAGACAUCGCUGCACAUGUGUGACGGGCGCACGCCCACACCCGAGGAGCUGCCUCCCUGCUACGAGGGCACAGACUGGUCGGGCUGCACACUGCAGGAGUUCAUGGACUGCCCCUACAACCUGGCCAACAACCGCCAGGUGCGCAUGCUGGCCGACCUGAGCCUGGUGGGCUGCUACAACCUGUCCUUCAUCCCCGAGGGCAAGCGGGCGCAGCUGCUGCUGGAGAGCGCCAAGAAGAACCUGCGGGGCAUGGCCUUCUUUGGCCUCACGGAGUUCCAGCGCAAGACGCAGUACCUGUUCGAGCGGACGUUCAACCUCAAGUUCAUCCGGCCUUUCAUGCAGUACAACAGCACACGGGCGGGCGGUGUGGAGGUGGACGAGGACACUAUCCGGCGCAUCGAGGAGCUCAAUGACCUGGACAUGCAGCUUUACGACUACGCCAAGGACCUCUUCCAGCAGCGCUACCAGUACAAGCGACAGCUGGAGCGCCGGGAGCAGCGCCUCAAGAGCCGGGAGGAGCGCCUGCUGCACCGCGCCAAGGAGGCCCUGCCACGAGAGGACGCCGACGAGCCGGGCCGUGUGCCCACCGAGGACUACAUGAGCCACAUCAUCGAGAAGUGGUAGUGGUGGCCGGCAGGGAGGGAGGUACCUCGGGGGUGGGGGGCAUCAGAUGGACCCACCGGAGCUCUGGUGGGAAGAGGGGCCCAGGUGCACUCGCCGGAGGGGAGAUGCGUGCUGCUCGAGGCUGAGGAAGUGAGGCACGGUGGCCGGCGGGGCCAGUUCUCAUGGUUCCCCGCAGACUGGGGACUGAGGAAUCAAUCGGUGCAACCCCCCAGGCCACAGGAGAGUGUGCUUAAGGGACACCCUGGGCAGGCCUGAGGGGAACAGGGGCAGGUGGUGUCCCUGCCUCCAUGGCCUCCUUCCUCGCCAUGGCCCAAGGUCUGAAGACAAGAAAAAGCAGAGUGGAGACCAGACUCGCCCUGCCAGGAGCACGUCCUACACCCACUGUGCACACCUAUCUGCUCUCUCCCCACCGCUGGCCGGCAGCAGCCCGACACCAGCUCCAGGCACCUUCCCAGGCUCAGGCCACCUGGGUGGUCCCUGGGCCUCUGGUGGCCCCGAUGCUCCUGGGCCUGAGUGAAGCCCCUUCCCUGGGCGCACAGGCAGCCCCUUGAGAUGUCCUCAGGCAUGGAGCUCUAGCUUACCCAUCUUCAACGGCCAGGGCCCACCUCACCUAAAGCUGAGAAGAUUCUAGUCCUGCUCUUGGGAAGCUCAUCCUCUCUCUGGCCCAGGGUCAAAACACGCAGUCUGGCUUCAUGCUUUGGGUCAGGAGAUCAAAGCACACCUUGUGGGAUCCCUCCCCCCAUGUCCCAUAGCCCUCAGGCUGAGGAGGGCUGCAGGGAGAUGGGCCCACAUGCACCUCUGUGGACAGCGUGCAUCCCAGGAGUACAAAGGCUGUGACCAGGGAUGUGGCCACCUAUGUCUAAACACCCCUCCCCCUGCCAGCUAGCCUUUGGGGGUGACCACCUAGCCAGACCAGCUUAGACAGGAAGAGAGUUUCCUCUGCCCGAUUUACCUUUCUGACCCUCUCAGAUUUGUUAGACCAGCACUGGCCCCAGGCUCAUCACUUCGACAUUUAUUCAGGGGUCAUACCCCACCGUUCCCACAACCCCACAUGCAAAAGUACAAUCAAGCCUCCAUUGGCUAGAAAACGGCAGACCACCUGCUGCCCAUGAACCGUAUGUUGGGGCCACGGUGAUUCUGUAGGGCUGGAAAAGGGGACUCAGCCUUUCAGAUUCUCAACUAGAGUUGGAAGAAAUGGCUCUCAGUGGCUCCCUACUCCCCAGAUACACAGCCCUUCUCACCCCAGGUUUUCCCUGCAUUUCCUUUUGCCCACCCCCUGGCCACAGCCAGUCAGGCCCCGUUCCUGGCAGCCCUGCAGAUUGGAGAAGCCAUGUUCCAUUCUGUUACAGAUACUACCCCCAUGCCUGACUCCUCUUGUGCUCCAUGGGCCAGGCCACUGUCUCUGGGGGUGCUCUCCCCACAGGAGGCCCAAGACCUGGGGUGUAGGGAGCAAAAUAUGAGCCUCACACCCAAGGUGGCUGAGUGGCCUUGGCCUGUCUCCUAGAGAGGACCCACGUGUGCCUGCAGGCACCUGGGCAGUGAAGGUGACAGCCGCAGCCUCAUGGGCAGUUUCUACCAGGCACCCUCCUCCCUGCCCCAGGUUCUCUUCAGCCAUCGCAGCUGUUCCCCUACAGGUUGGGGAAGCCAGGAACCUUCCAUAGCACAGGAAAUCCUAAAGUGUCUAGUGAGGUGGCUACCCAGGAGGAGGUAGCCUUUCGUCUUUGCCUGCCUGCCACAGGGAUGGUGUGUACUUCCUGCUUCCGACCCCAGCCACUGCAUCUUGUAGUCCAAGGGCAGUGGUGAGCAGGCGGGGAUGGGCACUGCGCCUGCCCAGCCCCAGACCACCCCCCACAGAGGAUGCGUUGUGCUGAGCAGGCAAGCAUCCAGGUGACCUAGUGGUUCUUUCAAGGGGUCCACCUGGGGGGAUGUGUUCUGACACCCGUCUUUUGAAAUAGGCCUGCUGCAGGGAGGAGGGUGGGACAUGUUCGUGAGAACUCUGUCUUGCACAAGCACGUAAGUUGCUGGGGCUUGCUGCAGCCUCCACCAGGAGGGUGUCCCUUCCAGGCACUCAUGCAGAGCUCAGCCCGGUUCUGCCUGAGUCCCUGGGCACCUGGCCCUCCUCGAGGUGGGCUUCCUGUGUGUGUGCAGGCUUGAGUGUAGGAUCUGUUUUGUACAUAUUAGAAUGUUUUAACUUAUGAUCCGUUGUCCCAGCUCACACGGAAACACGGGUCUCUCCUUGGUUUCUUUGCUGCAUCUGGAAAGCAGUCCGAUCUGGGGCCAGGACCUAGGUCCAGGUGCCCAGAGAUAGCGCCAGGUGCCAGUACACCUAGGCCCCUCAAGCCUCCAGUCCACUUCCGCUCAGGCUGCCUGUGUUGAGGUGAAGGUUCCCCACGCCUGGAGCAUCUUCUCCGACGUUGCCACCUGCUGGGGCUCCACUGAAGGGACGCCCUGCCUGGGGGCUCUAUCUGGGGCUGAGAGGACAGAGGCAACACACGGUGGGCCCACAGCCCACUCCCUACACAGACCUGCAAUGUCCCCUCCUGGAGGAGGAACCAGGGACAGCAGAACUGUCCGAGCAAUGAGUCUGUGACCUUUUUUGGGGAACUGGAAGCGUUUAACUUGAACCCAGGGGCGUUUAAAGCUUUAUUUAUUUAUAGCUUCUUAUAAAAAAAAAAAGUGUUGAGAAGAAAAUCUUUUGGUUAUUCAUACAAGACAAACGAGUUGGUGAUGGAAAAGCAAGUCAUAAUCAUCUAAUUGUUUUUGUCUAGGUCAAGAAUGAAUGUUAGCAGAUGAAAUAAACCCUUGACAAGGA